CAACCUUAACCACACUGUAUCGCUGCACCUUCACCUGUUGCCUAUCCUAGCACCAAUAUGUGACAAUCUCUACAUCCGCCAUGCUUAUUCCCGAGCUCGACAUCUUGAAGCCGAUUGACCCCUCCAUCUCCAGCUCCGACGACUACGAAAUCUUCUCCCUCAGCAACGCCCAGGUCUUCUACACACGCAAUGGGAAGCCCGCGAGCCUUCUCACUGCGUAUGCGGACACCCCGCUAAGAGUCGUGGGGAAAUUGGAAGCCCCGGACCGACAUCAACAAAAAUAUCUCGUAAAGAAACCCUUCAAAUCCGUCGAUAUUGAGAUUAGGGAUGUCACACGGUUUUCAUACGGCCAAACUAACGAUGGUGAGAUUAUGCUCUGGGCGCUGGGGAAGGCUGGAUGGUUUGAGAUCAUGCCGGCGAAGGCGUAUAAGAACAUUUUCCAGGAUAUGGUUGAGGCGGUGGGGGUUCUUUAUUUCAUGACAGAUAUCUAUAAUGAGCCGAGGAAGAGGGGUGGUGGACCUAAUGCCCCGCUGUUAUACCAGGAGUAUGCGGAAGAUACAAGGUUCUCAUGCAAUGACCCAGGACAUGCGGAGGAGAUAUUUCAUAGGCAUCGGCAGUUCCUCAUUAUGUGUUUUAUCAAUCGGGCACAAGGCUUGAGCUGGACGAAUACGCCCAUAUAUCGGCAUUAUAAGACGCAGUUCCCUACAGAUUUCGAGAAGGCAAAAGCGCGAAUCGACGGACGGCACCAACAGAAGGAAGAGAAGCCCUCCCGAAUAAUUCCCACUGCUCAGAAAUCAAAAGCCCCUCGAGGACCAAAGAAAUCCAAACAGAAACUCACGGACAAGCCACAGAAGAACCAGAAUUGGUGGGAGGCCGCUGCAAUAUUUGAGUUCAUGCAGAAAGCGGUCAAUCACGGCGCAAUGCGAAUCGGACACGUGACCAUCGACAAAGUGGCAAAACUCAUGGUUCGACGGUACGAAAUCGACGAUUUGGAGGUCGCUGCAAACGUAGUAAAAGUCCACGCCACGAAUUUACGAUAUAUGAUGGACUAUCCAAGGAGAAAGAACAUCCAGUACUUUUUAGAUGAGCCCAUCUACCAUGAACUAUCCUCAGGCCACAAUCUCCUAGCUGCCGAAGUGAGGAGAUCCGAAUCUAUCGAAUUGCGAUUGCGAAAGGGUCACGCGACGAUGAAAGACGACAACAGUGACGACUCGGAUUCAAGCCCCUCGACUGCAACACCCCAACGCCGACCCCCUCGUAAAGGUAAAUUUUCCGGCCUAAGGCCCAAGAGCAGCAAGUUCUCCGGCAAAGGUAAGAAGCCAAAACCCAAUGUAUCAUCCGAUUCCGGGAGUGGAGGCGAGGAAGAAGAACGCCCAGGCAUGACAGUUGACCCCCCGAUACGCCUCCAAUCUCUCUUUCCAGCAAAACGGAAACUUGUCUUCGAUGACAGCGAUGACGAGAAUGCCACGCAACCUCACAAACGCGCCGCAAGCCUGUCCAUCGAAUCCGAAGCCCAAGAUCCUUACUCUCCUCCCUCAUCCGACGAUAACGACACUGAGGUUCCCACCGAACCCCUUCCCUUGCGCUGGCGGUCAGGUAACAUCUCCGCUAAAGCGUCAUCCCCGGCUUUACUACCUCCCAUUGUGUCGACGCCGCUUCCUUCGUAUGCGGCGAACGCGCCAGGCGAUUCCUGGGUCUGUACGUUUGAUGGAUGUUCGCAGAAGGUAUAUGGGGCGAGUGAGGUGGUUGGGAGGAAGUUGAUUGAAGAGCAUUUGCAGAAUCAUGUUGCAAAGAGACAGAACCAAAUCGAGCUGGUGAUGAGUGAGGAGCAAAGGUUGAGGCUGCCGGUUAAUAAUUUAAUCAAACGGAUAAGAGAAAUUGCCGAACACCAACAACCGCUUUUCCCAUCCAUGGGAGCGCCUGCUUCAGCGACUAGGCUGACGCCUAUUGAACGGAGUGUGUGAAGAAUGGGAUUGGGGCUUGGGACUUGGGUAUGUGCGUCUGAUUUCACGCCAAUUUUUUUUUCAUAUCCAUCGUUUUGUUUCUUAUGAUUGUCUCUAUAGUCUACUUUUUGGUCUUCCGUCCUGAGCUUUGGCGUUACAGAAUCGGCGUUGACCAACUUUUCCCAGGAAGCCUUAGAUCAGGCUUCUAGGGCUCUGGAGAUAUGAUGGAUGGCUGGGUGCGUUAUGAGGUAUGACUAUGAAUGCUAAAUUUGCUGUUCAAGCUCG